AUGAAAAAGGAUGCGGAAGUUGCCUGUGCUGCCCCCGAGCCCGGUCCGACUGACGACGGCACCAUCGGCGGCAAAGAAGAUCCUUGGCGAGGGAGCGUGAGUCUUGCCGUCCAGUCGGCGGAGAGAGAGGGCUCGGCGACAGGGAGAAAGCACGGCGACUCUCCCUGUGACGAGCACGCCGCAACCGUGGAGUCCGAGGCGGAGGCAUCGCAGCACCAUCUGACGCUGCUCCACCCGUCCGUGGUCGAAGUUUCUGCUGCCGUGGUAGAUAAGGACAAGGAUGCUGCGCACGACUCUUCGGAGGAGCCUAAACACGGCAUCGCCGACGUCGGAGGCUCACCUCCCUCUAGUGGACGUGGGAGGCGUAGGCAGAGGAAGAGCGAUGGGGAGGAGGAGUAUGACACCGCCGUGGCGGGGGACAUCCCUACGCGGGCGAAGAGGAGGCAGACGACAGCCAGUGGUGACGACGCCGGUGGUGCUGAAGUUGGGACAACGCGAGGCGCCAGGGAAGCAAGUGGCAAGGCGACGGGUCAAGCAUUGCGCCAUGAGGAGGAGGAGGCUGAUGAGGAGGAAGAUGAUGAGGAAGAGGAGGAUGAGGAGGAUGCGGAGGAGGAGGACGCGGAUGUAGGGGAGGAGGAAAAAGAUGAGGAUGAUGAGGAGGAGGACGAAGAUGAGGAGGAGGAGGAGGAUGAGGAGGGGGACGACGAGGAUGAGGAGGAGGUCGACGAAGAGGGGGACGACGAGGAUGAGGGGGACGAGCAUGAGGAGGAGGAGGAGGAGGAGGAGGAGGAGGAGGAGGAGGAGGAGGAGGAGGAGGAGGAGGAGGAAGGGGCGGAAGAGGAAGAGGAGGAGGAUGUGGCAGCAGGGAAAGGACAGGGCGCGCGAGGCAGACGGGGGAGUGGUACAGGGAAGGCAUUGGGCCACCGGUAA